GGGUCAACAGUUUGGGUUUGGUCCACCAACUUUCAAACUGAGUUCGAGCCAAGUCGAGUCAUUUUUACGGGGUCCGGUAGAUAAAUAUUUUUGCGAGGACUACACUGAAUCCAUCAGGAGCCAUCUGCCAUCGUCCUGCUGUGCUGCAUUCCCAUUUCUGCAGUAGUGCUAGCCUGCUAGUAGGAGAGUACAACUAUGGCGAACGUAGCUCAAAUUCCUACUAGCUUUGGCCAUGAGCUUCGAGCUUGUCUUCGCUGCCGCCUUGUCAAAACAUACGAUCAGUUCAGGGAAUCAGGGUGCGAGAACUGUCCUUUCUUCGGGUUGGAUAAAGAUCCAGAGCGUGUUGCUGAGUGCACUACUCCUAACUUUACUGGGUUAAUUUCUGUCAUGGAUCCAAGUAGAAGUUGGGCUGCUCGCUGGCUACGAAUUGGAAGAUUUGUUCCAGGCUGCUAUACCCUUGCCGUGUCUGAGACACUUCCGGAGGAAUUCAUGAAUAUAUGCGAGGAUGAGCGUGUUCAAUAUGUACCCCCAAAGCGCUAAAAAUGAACACGGACAUGGUGUGUUGGUGUGAGCACUGCUUUUAAACAAGCUAACUCUUGGUCACAGUUACAAACUCCCAUCUUUUUGUAUCUACUGUUUCGGUGAAACUAAUGUCUUAAGUCCUAAUGCUGUAAUUAUAUUCUCCUUUACUAUCCUUCUCUGAACGAUCAUAGGCAAUUAUGGUCAUUGUGUUUGGUUUCCGGUGACUCCCUUAUUAUGCAAUGGUCUUGAUCAAUAGAAUUAUGCUCUUCAUAAUUUUGGAUUUUAUAAAACCGUCAUUACUCUCCCCAA